UGCUGAGGAAGUAGCAAGUUGUAUUCUGUGACGCGAUUCUGUUGCCUAGAGAGUGUAGCUGCACCAUGAGUGCAGUGACCUAUGAUGAUGUGCAUGUCAACUUCACUCAGGACGAGUGGGCUUUACUGGAUCAUUCCCAGAAGUGUCUCUAUAAAGAUGUGAUGCUGGAGACCUACAGGAACCUCAUCGCUGUAGGCUACAAAGAGGAAGACUACAAUAUUAAAGUACAUUGUCAAAGACCCAGAAGACAUGGAAGGCAUGAAAGAAGUCAUAUGGGAAAGAAAACCUAUGAAUGUGACCACUGUGGGAAAGCCUUCUCAAACCACGGUCAUCUCCAAAUACAUAGAAGAACUCAUACUGGAGAGAAACCUUAUGAAUGUAAUGAAUGUGGUAAAGCCUUCUCACAAAAGAAAAACCUCCAAAUACAUAAAAAAACUCAUACUGGAGAGAAACCCUAUGAAUGUAAUCAAUGCGGGAAAGCCUUUUUACGAUAUGGUGGUCUCCAAAUACAUAAAAGAACUCAUACUGGAGAGAAACCUUAUGAAUGUAGUCACUGUAGGAAAGUCUUUUCAUACCACAGUAGUCUCCAACUGCAUAAAAGAACCCAUACUGGAGAGAAACCUUAUGAGUGCAAUCAGUGUGGGAAAGCCUUUGCACGUUACAGUCAUGUUCAAAUACAUAAAAGAAUUCAUACUGGAGAGAAGCCUUAUGAAUGCAGUGAAUGUGGUAAAGCCUUUGCGUGUCACAGUAAUCUCCAGAUACAUAGAAGAGCCCAUACUGGAGAGAAACCCUAUGAAUGUAUGCAGUGUGGUAAAGCAUUUUCACAGCACAGUCAUCUCCAAGUUCAUAAAACAACUCAUACUGGAGUGAAACCUCACGUAUGUAAUGAAUGUGGGAAAGCUUUUGCACGUCUUGCUAAUCUUCAAAGGCAUAAAAUAACUCAUACCGGAGUAAAACACUAUGAAUGUAUUCAAUGUGAGAAAUCCUUCAGAGAAAAAUGUUAUCUCGGAAGGCAGAAGAGAAAACAUGCUGAAGUAAAACCUUAUGAAUGCACUCAGUGUGGUAAAGGCUUUGCUAAUCACUCUUAUCUUAAAAUACAUAAAAGAACACAUACUGGAGAGAAACCCUACAAAUGUAACCAGUGUGAUAAAGCCUUUGCACAACAAAGUUAUCUCCGAGUACAUAAAAGAAAACAUAGUGGAGAGAAACCUUAUAAAUGUAAUCAUUGUGGUAAAGCCUUUGCAUAUUAUAGUAGUCUCCAAACACAUGAAAGAACACAUACUGGAGAGAAACCCUACAAAUGUAAUCAAUGUAAUAAAGCCUUUGCUCAAUACAAUAGUCUUCAAUACCAUAAGAGAAUACAUACUAAAGAGAAAUCCUACAAAUGUCAUCACUGUGGUAAAGCAUUUGCACAGCACAUUUGUCUUCAUUACCAUAAAAGAACACAUACUAGUGAGAAACCCCACAAAUGUAAUCAAUGUGAUAAAGCCUUUGCACAAUACAGUAGUCUUCAACAGCAUAAAAGAACACAUUCUGGCGAGAAACCUUAUGAAUGUACUCAAUGUGGAAAAGGCUUUGCAAAUCCUAAUUAUCUGAAAAUACAUAAGAGAACCCAUACUGGAGAGAAACCAUACAAAUGUAAUCACUGCGGUAAAGCCUUCGCCUAUAACAAUAAUAUCAUAAAACAUGAAAGAACACAUACUGGAGAGAAACCUUACAAAUGUAAUCAAUGUGAUAAAGCCUUCACACAACAUGGUAGUCUUCAGCAACAUAAAAGAACACAUUCUGGAGAAAAACCUUAUGAAUGUAUUCAGUGUGGUAAAGGCUUUGCCACACACUGGUAUCUUCAAAUACAUGCAAAAACCCAUACUGGAAAGAAACCCUAUAAAUGUAAUCACUGUGAUAAAGCCUUUGCACAACGGAAUUAUCUCCGAGUACAUGAAAGAACACAUACAGGAGAGAAACCUUAUGAAUGUAUUCAAUGUGGUAAAGCCUUUGCCACACACAAUCAUCUUCAAGUACAUGAAAGAACACAUACUGGAGAGAAACCCUACAAAUGUGAUCAAUGUGAUAAAGACUUUCCAUAUCACAAUAGUCUUCAACGUCAUAAAAGAUCACAUACUGGAGAGAAGCCUUAUAAAUGUAAUCAAUGUGAUAAAGCCUUUGCACAUCACAAUAGUCUUCAAUACCAUAAAAGAACACAUAGUGGGGAAAAGCCCUAUGAAUGUAAUCAAUGUGAUAAAGCCUUUUCACAUGCAAUAUAUCUUCAGAAACAUAAAAGACGUCAUGCUGGAGAGAAACUCUAUGUUUGUAAUCAGUGUGGCAAAGCCUAUACACUGAAGAAGACUCUUCUCGCUCACAUAAGAAAUCAUACAGACGAGAAAGCCUAUGAAUGUAAUCAAUGUGGUAAAGCCUUUGUAUGCAAAAGUUAUCUUCGUGCUCAUGAAAGAACUCAUACUGGAGAGAAACCCUAUGAAUGUAAUCAAUGUGGCAAAACCUAUACACUAAAUAAGAAUCUUCUCUGUCAUAAGAGGAGUCAUACAGGAGAGAAACCCUAUGAAUGUAAUCAGUGUGGUAAAGCCUAUGCACUGAAAAAGAAUCUUGUCUCUCACCAUAGAAGUCAUACUGGAGAGAAAUCCUAUGAAUGUAAUCAAUGUGGUAACGCCUUUGCAGAGAAGUAUACCCUUCUCAGACAUGAAAGAAUUCAUACUGGUGAGAAACCUUAUGAAUGUGAUCAAUGUGGUAAAGCCUUUGCAAGGAAGCUUUUUCUUCUCUGGCAUGAAAGAAUUCAUACUGGAGAGAAACCAUAUGAAUGUAAACAAUGUGGUAAUGCAUUUGCAAGGAGGAGUUAUCUUCUCUGUCAUGAAAGAAUUCAUACUGGAGAAAAACCCUAUGAAUGUAAUCAGUGUGGUAAAGCCUUUUUAGAGAAGAGAGGUCUUCAGCGUCAUGAAAUAAUUCAUACUGGAGAGAAACCCUAUGAAUGCAGUCAGUGUGGUAAAACCUUUGUACAGAUGAGUUAUCUUCACAGCCAUAUAAAAAUUCAUAGUGGAGAGAAACCCUAUGGAUGUAAUCAGUGUGAUAAAGCCUUUACAGUGAAGUCUAAUCUCCGCAGGCAUGAAAGAAUUCAUAGUGGAGAAAAGCCAUAUGGAUGUAAUCAGUGUGGUAAAGCCUUUACACAGAAGUGCAUGCUUCAGAAUCAUGAAAGAAUUCAUACUGGAGAGAAACCAUAUCGAUGUAAUCAGUGUGGUACAGCCUUUACAAGGAAGCAGUAUCUUCUUCGUCAUGGAAGAAUUCAUGCUGGAGAGAAACCCUGUUAAAGUAAUCAGUGUGACAAAGCCUUUGUAGAGAAGAGUAGUCUUCACAUGCUUGAAAGAAGUCACAGAGGAGAGAAACUCUAUGGAUGUAAUCAGUGUGUUAAACACUUUGCGCAGAACUAUCAUCAUCACAUUCUAAACAUUGUUCUUCUUUCUUGAUGGUAUGAGGAACAAAAACAAUCCCUAAGGGACAAAAACCAUAUUUUUCCAUUAAGGCAUAAAAAGCAUGGUUUAAUUGACUAACAAAAGUGGCCAAUAAUAAGUAAUGUGAAGUAAGCCCACUCCUAACUGUUCUAUUGUAAGUAACAUGAAAACACAUUCUGAGAACAAGUCUGUGUAUUGAUUAAUAUUUCAGCAAAAGCUAAAUGUUUCAAUUUCUAAUUAUGCACUAACCAGUCCAGUUAAAAUUAUAGGAGGGAUGGCUUUGGACUCUCUUCACAGUUUUACAUCAAUAAUAUAUUGCCUCACCCUCCCUGUGUCAUAAACUAAAUUGAAGGGAUCUUGAUCACCUUUGUCUUCAAAAAUAUAUCACAUUGGUGAACUAUUUUGAUGGCAUUAUUUUGUUUGGACCACGUGAGCAGGAGGAAGCAACCAUUUUGAUCUCAUUGAUAACACAUAUGCACAUCAGAGGAUGGGACAAAUCCAGCCAAACUUCAAGGAACUUCUACCUCAUUGAAAUUCAUUGAAAUAUUAGGGUUGUGUAAUUCAGAAGUAUUUCUUCUAAGGUGACAGAGAAGUUAUUGCACCUGGUCCUUCUACCAUCAAGAUAGAAGCCAGUGUUUACUGGGCCUGUUUAGAUUCUUAAGAUAUCACAGUCCUCUCUUGGGUGUGUUAGUUUUGCCCAUAUACCAAGUGAAUGGAUGCUGUGGGGUAAUGCUCUUGUGCACUGAAAAGAUUUGUCACUUGUAUUAUUUUAAUAUAACACUGAUUGACCAGUAGCCUGGCAGAAAGGAUAGGCAGGACGACUAAACUAAGAGAAUUCUAUGAAAAGGAAAGCAGAGAGUCAGUCACCAGUCAGAUAAAGAGAAAGCAAAUGAGAAUUCCUCACUGACAAAAGGUACCAAGCCACAUGGCUAAACAUAGACAAGAAUUAUAGAUUAAUUUAAGGUGUAAGAGCCUGUUAGUAAUAAGCCUGAACUAACAGGCCAAAGAGUUUAUAAUUAAUAUUAGCCUCUGUGUGUUUUUUUAGAACUGAAUGGCUACGGGACUGGACAGGACAGAAAUUUCCAUCUAAAAAUGGCACCCAAAGGUUUGGCAAGAAUUCCCACAUAAGACUCCACUAAGAAUGCUUUAAAAAAUAAUUCUAGACUGAUAAGAAUAGAGUCAAGUGCAGUUUCUUAGUAACUGUAUUAUCUCCUGUAGUCUCCUGAAGCCCCUUUAAGAAAGGCUUCCUAACUCAGUGUUAGUAGCAAAAAACCUUGAGGCUCUUUUAAGAAGCAGUGUCACCAAACAAUUAAAUGAUGUUUAUGAAUAGCUGACAUCAGGCUUCCUGGUGGUAGCAUGGACCUAGAAACUCCACAAAGUUGUGACAGUAAUGUGCCUCCCACCAGUACCUCCACCGUGAAGUUAAGGAAUGGUGUGGGGCCAGCCAACAAAGCUGGAGCUUUGAUCCUAGCCAUAUGGCUUAGCAAAAUCAAGAUUCAUGUGGUCAGAAAAAUAUAAAGAUACAGUAAAAACAGAUUCAGAUAAAAAAUUCUAAAUGGUUUAUAAUGUGUUUAAAAAUAUAUGUAGGUUUGAGCAAGAAAAGAAAAAA